ACAUUUUUUUCCCCCUCUGUUUUGAGACCCUCUUCCUGCAACUUCAUUCCGCAAGCUCCACGGAGAAGGACCACGUGACCUUCGAGGGUGUACUCAGUUGCUACAGAUGCAGGCGCCUAAAAGGGGCCCCCGAGUGAUGACGUAUAAUUUGCGCGCCGAAGCCUAGAGAGUCCGCCUCCACUUCCACUGGCUUUGCACGCCGGCCUCUUUUGCUAGGCACGUGUGUUGCUGAAUGGAGCUGGUCGCUGGCAGCUACGAGCAGGUGCUCUUUGGAUUCACAGUGCACCGCGAGCCCGCGACGAGUGGCGACCGGGAGACAUGGACUCCUGUGGCUGACUUCACUCACCAUGCCCAUACCGCCUCCUUGUCAGCAGUGGCGGCGAACGCUCGCUUUGUAGUCACGGGGAGCAAAGAUGAAACAAUCCACAUUUAUGACAUGAAAAAAAAGAUAGAGCACGGGGCUCUGGUGCACCAUAGUGGCACCAUAACCUGCCUGAAAUUCUACGGCAGCAGGCACUUAGUCAGUGGCGCAGAAGAUGGGCUCAUCUGUGUGUGGGAUGCCAGGAAGUGGGAAUGCCUGAAGUCCAUUAAAGCUCACAAAGGACAUGUGACUUUCCUUUCUAUCCACCCGUCUGGCAAGUUGGCUCUGUCUGUUGGUACCGAUAAGACAUUAAGAACAUGGAAUCUUAUAGAGGGAAGAUCAGCUUUCAUAAAAAAUAUAAAACAAAAUGCUCACAUAGUGGAGUGGUCCCCGAGUGGAGAGAAGUAUAUAGUAGUUGUGCUGAAUAAGGUGGAUGUCUAUCAGCUGGACACGGCGGCCGUGAGCGGCACUAUCACAAAUGGAAAGAGGAUCUCGGCAGUGACGUUUCUUUCAGACUCUGUCCUUGCAGUGGCUGGAGAUGAAGAAGUUGUAAGGUUUUUUGACUGCGAUUCACUAGUGUGCCUCUGUGAAUUUAAAGCUCAUGAAAACAGGGUAAAAGACAUAUUCAGUUUUGAAAUUCCACACCAUCAUGUUCUUGUCACAGCAUCAAAUGAUGGUUUCAUCAAAAUGUGGACGCUUAAGCAGGACAAGAAAGAGCCCCCAUCUUUGCUGUGCGAGGCGAACACUGGUGCCAGGCUGACAUGUCUUGGGGUGUGGUUUGACAGAACAACAGAUGAAAAAGCGAGCCUUCCUCCAGCAACAGAGCCCUCUCCUGUAAAUAAAGAACAACCCAAAAAGAUCAAAAAGGAAUCUGGUGACAUGAUUCAGGAAGAAGAAACGCCAGGACCUAAGUCAAAGAAAUCUGGUUUAACUGGUGACAGCAAGGAGCCAACAAAAGGAACUAGCCCAGUGCCUGCCAAGAAGAGGAAAAGGACAGGCGUGUUGGAAAAGAAGAAAAAAAAGAAAAUGUAACUCCCAUGGCAAAUCCCAGACUGCUCCUCCCUCCCUAAGAGAAUGUCUUUGACAAAAUUCUCCUUUUCAAAUAUUAUACCCAAUUUUCCCAUGUGAGAAACAAAAGAUUGUCUCCUUCUGGAGAAAACAUGUAGCUUAAAAAAGAACCACUUUUAGGUGGUACUUUGUUUUGUUAAAUAGUAAAAUUAUUUUUGGCAGACGGCAUUUUAUAUAUUGUUGUAUAUCGUAAUUGUAAUGUAUACUUUUUACUGUUUACAGCAAAUAAAGGUCUGAAAAUACUAUAUUUAAAAUAA